CUGAUGUCUUAAAAGUUUAAUUUUGUCUUGUUUUUAUGACUUUAUAUAGACAAUCAAAGACAUUGUAGCAUGAUGGAGAAUGAAAGCGUUCUACAACAGCUAAAUAUUGGAAGGCAACCUCUACACAUUGCAGCAUCAAUCGGAAACACAGACACAAUAACAAAUCUUGUGGGGCGUGGUUCUGAUGUUAAUUGCACUGAUGAGAAUGGAGAUACGCCACUUCAUUUAGCCGUGUCACGUGGACAUGCUCAUGUUGCUGCAUUGUUGAUAGCUCUUGGUGCAAAUUUAGAGGCUGAAAAUAAGGAAGGCUAUAAAGCAUUAUACAUAGCUGUGAUGGAUAAAAGUCCUCGUAUGGUGGAAAUAUUACUCAGAUUUGGUAUCGAUCCAUGUGUAGUAAAUUGGGAUUGGGCUACCAACAGUAAUGGCUCCAAAGAGCAUCAGAUAUUAGAGGCAUUUGACAGACAGUGUCAGCUUAUUCCUGGGUUCAGAAAUGGGUUUGUCAGCAAGGCAAUAGUUUCUGUUCACCCACACCAGGCAUGCAACUGUAAAUCUGUGGAAAUUGUAGUUGACACCACAAAGAUCAGUAGACCAUUUGUUCUUCAGCUUUAUAAAAUGCAACUUGAAUUUUCCAAUACCCAAUAUCAUCUACAAACUUCUGAACAGUAUUUUAGUGACGUAUAUGAAUUAAGAGCAUGGGACUGUAAAGAAAAAGAGAUACAACUAAAAGUUCAAGUAAAUAGUAUAAUGCGACCCAAUAGACAACUGAAAUUUGUGCCUUUGGAAAACUGUUUUGGGCGUAUAGAUGAUUCAGAGAACACGUUCGUGUAUACAGAAGAUUUGCAGACAACUGUGUCGCUCAUUCUAAAAAUACAAGAUGGCGUAUACAACAAAUUUGUAUUAGUAUCGGAAGAGAAGAUUGAAAAAAUUAAAAUUUCGAAUUCAGAUACAACAUUCCAACCAAACGUUAUGCCUGGUGCAAAAGUGUAUAUACCAACGAAUACAUUAAGACAGGACACAGUCGUCUCUUUCAAAGUAAUAAAUACAACAGAAUUGAGCGAUGAAGUUUUAGGAGGAAGAAUAUUCAGUGACAUUUUAGUUAUCAAUACAUUUCAAAAUAUUCAGCUGCAGAAUGAUGUAACAAUAACCCUUCCUCUCCAUUCGAAAACUGAAUGUGAUGAUUUAGUUGUACUAGCUUCAAACAAGGUUCGUCCAGAAUGUGUGGCUGACUGGUGGCAGUUAACCGAGCCUACUGAUAUCCCCAGUACAGGCUUUGUAUCUUUUAAUACUGAUAGAUACCCAUUAUUUGCAGUUGUAUCUAGAGCCUCACUGUCAUCAGAAUCUAGCUUCUCAGAUAUUCACGAGACACUAUGUAAUGUAUUGGAAUAUAAAAGAAAAAUAGUAAUAAUGAUUUUAACAAAGGAGGUACCAGAGACUGGUGGAGACCUGUACAUUGUUGUGCAUUGUGUUUUACAUGAAAAAGCGAAUAACACACAAAAGUUGUGGGAAGAAAAGGGGUAUACACUUCUAGGGGUUUCGGAUCAAUUACUCUGUGUGAUGAACACUAAAUUCCAGAUUUCAUUAUCAGGUAACAUUGUUGAAAUAUUCCAUACGAAAAAUAUGGAAUUACUAUUUCAACUAUGUAAAGAAAAUUACAGAAUAUUUAAUGUAACAAUCGCAAAUAAGGAAUGUAAACCCGGGGGUACUAUAAAGGUGCUUCUCGCCACAGCUAGAAAAAAUGUUGGAGAUGUUAAUGAAGAAGACGCUUCUUGUAUUUCCUGUGGUAGUAACAGUCCAAAAACAAAAAGGAUGGAUGAAUUCACCUCAGUGUUGUCCUGUCGUUUGUCCUUCAAUACAGAAGCUUUGGAGGUCAAGGAACAAACAAACAUUGACACGUCAAGUCAAAAGGCAAAGCUAAGAAAAAUCUUCGAUGGAUUCAGAUUGGUUUAUAACAGACCAAGAAACAAAAUAGUACCCAUGGUCUGACCUUUGGUACAAAGAAGCACUUUCUUGAUACAUUGUUAAUACUUAUACUCGUCUUGUCGGCCAUUGCAUGUCCAGUAUCGCAUGCAAGUGACCAUUUGUCGAAUUGGUAUCAUUUAUUACAUGG